AUGCGACGCCAGGUUAAGAACAACACAGAUGAUGAGACGCCGUCCAAGCAGCCUGCUUCUGCAUCCUCAGGCGUGCACUGGGGAGCAGAUGUGGAAAAAAGAGAGGCGAUCAAGAAGACGUUCAUCGAGCAAUACCAAAAGUACGAGCAAUUUGCCUUUGGCUCCGACCUGCUCAAACCCGUAGCACGCCAGGGUGACAACAAUUCUAUCCUGGCAGGUUUCGGAGGCACCAUCAUCGAUUCCAUGAGCACCAUGCACAUCAUGCAACUUUCCCACUCGGACGAGUACAUGCGCGCCUUAGAACAUGCCAAGCACCUGAACUUUAGCGUCACGCCAGAAGGUGAUCCCGUCGGCUCAGUCUCCGUGUUCGAGCUGACCAUCAGGUACAUUGGAGGUUUGCUUUCGGCCUACCACCUUGGAGGAGAGCGUCCUGACCAGCGUUUCCUCGUAGACAAGGCUAAAGAGCUGGGUGACAAGCUGGCUUCAGCUUGGUGGACCAAUACGACUACCAACCAGCGCAAUAAGGUGCCCUACAAUCACUUUAACCUCAACCUCAGUGCCCCCGUCAACCUCAACGACACUGCCAACAUUGCGGAGGCCGGGUCGCUCAUCCUGGAGUGGGCCAGACUCACCAAGUACACGGGCAAUCAGCAGUACCUCGACCUCACCGACGGCGCCAUGAAGGCGCUCGUUGGACUCCAACAGCCUCUACCUGGCUUGCCGAGUCAGAACUUUUUCCCAGGCAAUUUGUCCUACACCGAUGAUCUUUGGGUCACUGCUGGUGGUGGAUCCGACUCGUUCUGGGAGUAUCUCCUGAAAUAUGGCUUCGCUUACGGUCUUGACGCGAAUGACGACUACCUCAAGACGUGGAGAGCAGCAGCCGACUCCUUUACCAAUUUGGCCACCAACACCGGUGUAGGCAAUCUGACCUUCAUGGCAGACUUUGAGCCAAAGAACAAGACCAAGGUGUACGUCACUAGCCACCUCGCCAGCUGGAUCGGAGGCGGCUUGGCCAUGGGAGGUGCUCUGUUUGGCAACGAGACAUGGGUGCAGAUCGGCGGUGAGAUCGCAGAGAGUCACGCGAGGACGUACAAUGCGACUGCUACUCGUCUUGGCCCUGAGGUGAUCGGCUACUUUGACGACCACGGCAUCGCCAAAGGCUGGGAUUUCGUCUCUGUCGGACGCCGCGAGUUCUACAACGAGCACGGUUUCUUCAUCGGUUCUGCUGCCAGCUACAUUCAGCGUCCGGAGACCAUCGAGAGCCUCUUCUACUUGUACCGCAUCACGGGUCAGCAAAUCUUUAGAGACUACGCCUGGGAAGCUUACCUCGCCAUGAAGAAAUACCUCGAUACGGGCAACGGUUGGCUUUGCCUUGUCAAUGUGAACGAUCUCUCCUCUUCCGCUUACGACGAAGCGCAAACCUUUCUCUUUGCCGAGACGCUCAAGUACCUCUAUCUCAUGUGGGACGACCCCGAGACUUGGUCGUUGGACGACUACUACUUCACGACGGAGGGGCACGUAUUCCAAGUUGCGAAGCGUAACCCGGCCUUCAAGAAGAUCCAGCAAUCUGGCUCCUACACCCCCCUGGCACCAGCCGGCUCGUACAAGAACAAAGGGGUCAACCCAGAAGAAGGCAAGGGUGCGCUCACUGAAGGUCAAGAGGCCACCAUUCUGGACGGCGUGCGAGCUGCUGCUGCUUCGCUGCGCGACUCCUUGGGCAAGUCGAUGCCACUCAAGGUCGCCAUCAAGGUCUUUUCGGGCAUACCACGAAACCAAAAGGUGAUUGAAAAGACUUAUACAAUCGGUGGCGAUGACACUCCCUGA